AUGAGACAAGCAACUCCAUCUGAAUCAAUGAUCUGCCUGUCUCUUUUUCUGUUGGGGAUGCAGUCGUCAUACAUCAGUCUUUGGUCAGUAUUUCCUGACAGUUUGGAAGCUGCCUCUUCAGUGACCAAUAUAGAAAGUGUUCAGAAAAAUAGGAAGAUGGCGCAUGAUCAGAAGCACGAUGAUAUUGCUAUUUCUACACUUCAAGUUCAAGUGGAUGACGUGAAAAAUGUCAUGACUCAAAAUAUUGAAAAGGUCUUGAAAAGAGAAGAGAAACUGUCGGAACUGGCUGACCGAAGCGAAGAUCUUGAAACAGUGGCUCAUGGUUUCCAAAAAACCACUACAAAGAUUUCAAGGAAGAUGUGGUGGAAAAACACAAAAAUGGUCAUAAUUAUUGUAGUGAUUCUCCUUAUCAUUCUAGUUUUCAUUGUUCUUCUGGCCACAGGUGUUAUUCCAACAUAAGGAAUGUAAGCAGUUAAACGCAACACACUAAACAUGCUGUAAAAAUGUUCUAUAUUCAAAACAUCUUGUGUUUAGACUUAUUUUUAUAUACAAUAAAUGUAAUUAACAACCAAUAUAUA